AUGGUCAACGUACCUAAGGCCCGUAGAACUUUCUGCGAUGGCAAAUGCCGUAAACACACCAAUCACAAGGUAACCCAAUACAAGAAGGGAAAGGAGUCCAACUUCGCCCAGGGACGUAGACGUUACGACCGAAAACAGUCUGGUUUCGGAGGUCAAUCUAAGCCUAUCUUCAGAAAGAAGGCUAAGACUACCAAGAAGAUUGUAUUGCGUAUGGAAUGCACCGAGUGCAAGCACAAGAAGCAACUUCCAAUCAAGAGAUGCAAGCACUUCGAACUUGGAGGACAGAAGAAGGCUCGCGGUCAAGUUAUCCAAUUCUAA